CCGGUCCUGCCAGACAAUGCUGAGCGGAGCAUGCCGCAGGCUCACCUUGGCCCUGCUGGGGACACGCACACAGACGUUUGCGGUCGCCCAUAGGUGCUUGCACGCGUCAGGGUCGCAGCCCUCAGCAGACUGGAGGGAAAAGCCAGGGGAGCCGCCCUGCGGCUUUGACCAGGCGCUGCUGGAGUUCCUGGUGUGCCCGCUCUCCAAGAAGAUGCUCAGAUAUGAAGCAUCAACAAAUGAAUUGAUAAAUGAAGAGCUAGGAAUAGCCUAUCCAGUCAUUGAUGGAAUUCCUAAUAUGAUACCACAGGCAGCUAAAACACAUCAAACUAAGUAGCAAGAAAAAAUGGAACAACACUAG